CAUCUUAUCUUCAUUAGACCUAUUUUUGGCAAGAUUUUUCACCGGUGGAGUCUCCGCGAUUUUGCAUUUUUUUCUAAUCGCGCUUCAUCACGGAUGCGAAAUAGUGGCUCCAGGAACUGUUUAUAAAAAGAGCUAAUGACACUUCCGAGCUAGAGCAAAAGAACGGGCAUCACUGUCAUAAAACUACUUAUCAGCUAUGGAUGUGAAAUGAGGGGCGGAACGAGGUGGAGAUGGAUGUGCGAGUACUCUUGCUGUCACCGCUCAACAAGCGGUCAGGGAACCUGGCUACCAUUCAGAGAAUAAGACAUGAGUUAGAAGCGGGCGGGCUAGAUUGCGUGCUGUCGGGGCCGGACCAUCCUCCUGGGGGAGGCGAUUGGAACGACUACAUAAGGGAUGCAGGCAUCUCCGUCGCCGUCGGCAUACACGCCUUCAAGUGCGGCAUUGUUCUUAAAGACCUCAGUUGCCCCUAUAUCCUCAUCGUAGGCGGCACGGACGUCAAUGGGGCGCCGGAGAACGGCUGUCAGGAGGACGUUAUGACCCAAGCCGUUCGCGGAGCAGGUCCGGUUGUUGCAUUCAGCGAGGCUAUGGCGGACGCAUGCAGACAGCGAUGGGCAUAUCUAGAGGAGGAACGCCUAUCAGUAAUACCUCAAGGGGUAGAAGUUUUACCGAGGUCGACAUUCCGUAUAAAACACUAUAUUCGGGAAAACGUCUUAUCAAUCCCAGCACACUGUCCACAAAACCCACUUCCGGUGAUGAUGAAGUUUGAAGAGUUCCUUGCUCAGCCAAUUGAAAGUCUUCAACUAAUCACGUGGGUCGGAGGAAUCCGCGCCGUUAAAGAUCCACUGUUUGUCAUGGAGCCUUUCGCUAAAUGGAGACUGGCAACCAAAAGAAUGAACUGUUAUAUGGUCUUAAUAGGGAGUAAGUUAGAUGAGCCUUACUUUCAGCGGUUCUAUGCAGCGCUAUCAAGGUGCCCGGGCGUGGUGUACGUAGGCGGUCUGGAUCACGAGGACGCUCAGGCGGCAGUCAGUGUCAGUAAGGCACUGGUCAACUCCUCCGUUAGUGAGGGCAUGGCGCUGUCUCUUCUAGAGGCAAUGGCCCUAGGGACUCCUGUGUUGGCGAGGAAGAUUCCGGGUAACGCGGCCAUCGUGGAGGAUGGAACCACCGGCUUCCUGUUCGAUACAGCUGAGGAAUUCUCUUCAAAGCUGGAAACAAUUUUCGUAGACGCGGAGGCCCGGAAGAGCGUGACGUCACGUGCGCGGGCGUACGUGACGGAGAAACACUCGCUGGAGGCGGAACAGGCUGCCUACGUCAGGCUCGUCCAUAAAGCGCUCAAUAACUUUCGAGUGAUGUCAUCAUGACAAUGUGACGCAAUGUAGAAUUUCGAGAUUAACAGGACUUUCACUCUUAUUGAAUGAGAACGGUUUAUAACUUAGAGAAUUGUGAUAUUUUACAUUAUGGAUUAAAAUAUUUUCUGGUAAAUGUUCCUUAGGUGACCAUAUAUCAUAUUCCUUCACCCUAUUGUGAUUCAUAAUAAAAACAUGGCCGCCAGGGGCGGGGCUAGUUUUCACUAUAUGUUGUAAGAGUUAUAGUUUUCUACGUUUUUAUUAACUUUUGUUAGUGUUAUUGCUAUUUUUGAGACGUUAUUACGGUGAAGUUAUUUCGUCCAAAUGUUUAAAUAAUAUUUGUUUUGAACGUUUUCAAUGUUGUAUUUUACUUACGACAUGUUUGACAUUAUGUGCCAAGCGGACCAUGUUCAACUGUUCUUGAACUAUGUCAGGAAUUACAAAAGUUUACAAAAUUACAAAUUGUGUUUAAGUUUGAAGUGACUGUGAUUUGUUAUUGUACUUUUCCUGGUUUGUGCUUCCACUUUUUGAAGAAUCUGUGUAAAGCUUUAUGACAACCAUUUUCUUCCUAGUCCUGUGUAUGUGAUUUACAGCGUCAGUUUUCCGUCGUCAGAAAACAGAUGGCGUUCAAUAUAUUGUUUCGUAUUAUGUAUUGCUCAAAUAUUUCACUCUGAUUUAUAUACAAGUCCUUAUAAAUAAGUAUGUGAACAGUACCACUGUGUGUGUAUACAUGCGUACUAAGCUCAAUUUGUAAGAAACAGAAUAAGUAUUUUAGUUAAACCACUGUUUUACGCUGCGUUUUAUGCAAUCCGUGAUGGCGUUCACUUUUUCAGUCUUCGGUAGUGAGUUACACAGUUGUUGUUGUUUUUUUUAAAAAGUUACUAAAGUUUAUGACUAUGUUCAUGGUGGGUACCGGACCAGGGUUGACAAUCAACCAGAUCGCACGACAUGCAGACUGGAAAAUUAUAAUAAAGAAAAACUACAAAAUAGUCAAAUUGCCGAAGCCACUCUAGAGUUAUGGCCCUUGAAUUAUCAAAAUAUUGCAAGUCACAUUUUAAUAUUGUAAUUCUCUAAUGAAGUUAGCCUUUCAUGUGAUGUGCGUCUUGUUUUUUAUAGCAUGAUUAACAAAGUAUUUGUUCAUGACUUGAGAAUCAUUUUACAACAGAUUUGUUACAUCUAUCAUGGACAUGUUAUCAACAGAUUUGUUACAUCUAUCAUGGACAUGUUAUCAUAUCGACUCUUGGACAGUCAAUCUGUACAUUCAUUAAUACCUAAGACUAACUUGCUGAAAUGCAUUGUGUUGUUUAAAUGUAUAGGGGAGAUGUUCUCCCAUGUUUAUAUAUCAUCACUGUUAUUUAUAGGUUAUAAUUGUUAUUUCAUAUGACUUUUUGUUGUUUUUAGCGUUUUCUACCUCGUUCUGAACUUCGUGUUUUUAUGUAAGAGCACGGAGGUCUAGGGAAAUCUUGUCUCACCACACACAUGUGUGAAAACAGUGUCGAUAAUAAACCCAUAAGGUUUAGUACCUUUAGUGAUUUAACUUAUAACAAGAUGCUUUAGUGUGGCAAACUACUUUAAAACGAAUCCACCAUAUGCACCCUUUUGUUUAUUGGUUGGUGUGCUGUUGUUGUUGUUGUUGUUGUUGUUUUCACAAUCUAAGAUGCAUUCACCCAUUAUAAUUUUUUCAAUAAAUACGGUCUUUUCAGUCAUUUCAAACUAAACAAAUAAAAAAUAAUGACGUUUUAUCUCUUAUAGCGUAUUAUUACUUCAGUUAAGGGAGCUAGUGUAACACCGUUGUUUAUAUGUCUUGAUAUUUAUUUCAAUAGUUGUUUUAUGUAUACAUAACAUGACAGUAAAAUGUGAUUCUUGUACGUUGUUAUACAAAAAAAUUGUUUAUAUCAAAACUGUCAAAAUUACCGACAGAACCAAUAAACAUGACAUUUCCAAGAA